CGAGGAUUUAUGUGUGUGCGGGUCCGGCGAGAGCUGCUUCCUGAAGGAGGGAGCCGAGUACGGGGCCUGCUUUGCAGAUGUCGAUCAGUGUAAGACAUCGGUGAAGAAUGGUGAGGUUUUCGAAGACUGGUGCACCGAUCAAGGUUCGACGGGGUGUGAUGGUGCGUGGUUGUGCCAGACCAUCGAACAGUACAAUGCGAUCCUCACUACACCACCCAACAACGCGGGCGACACAUAUCUCUCAGAAAAGAGCACGUCACUGUGAACUGGUAAUGCAGAUGAGCCUGCUGAUGAGCAUGCUUAAGCUUGUGCAAAUGCAAGUGCGAUGCAGAGCCACAGGCCGAGCGGAGCUCUCUGUCCUGCUGCAAACGCAAAAAAGUGUGUCUUCGUCUAGAAACCACGCAGGAAGAUUUUCUUCGACUCCUUUUUUCUUCUAAAAAGUAGAAUACUUGCUGUUAUGCAGAUCAUCGCGCAGACACAUCUUCAUGUUCAUGGUGAGUGAUUUUUUUGGCAUGAUAUCGUGCCGGCCUUGGACCUGAACGUGCAGGUAGAGUGCGACGGUUGUGGUCCAGACGCCGCGGGGCUCGAUUGCUACAAUGCGUGUGGCACAUGGCACUAUUUGAAUGAUUGUAUUUUGUGCGACAAUGUCGUAGUCGUAUUGAAACAGCGUCUUGUUGCUUCCUUGCAGCUUUACAAAGUCUGGAUGCAAAUAAAAACAAGGGACACUAUCUAACAUGCGACUAAAUCGCUCCUAUAUUUUUCUCAACGUGCCUCACGGCUUUGCUACGUGACUACGAAGUGCGGCUACCAUGCCAUCAAGCACGGACUCGUUGUCGGCAUGCUUGACAUGCCCGAUGUCCAGAGGAGCGGCGUGGGCGAAGCGCUCUCAUACCAGACAAACUAGGAGAAGAACAAUUCUUCUAUGUGCUGAGACGAUUUUCAUUUAAUGCGACUACGGCACUUCCCCACAUCAUACACCGCGGAGAAUGCGACGGCUCAGUGUGCAGCAGGCAACCCCAUAGAGAAGGCGACUUGACCGCCUGUAGCGCGUCGGCUCCAGCCGGAUCGCCGAACAAGUAUAUCGGGGGUUGCUGCUUUUAUGAGAAGGAUGUAGGAAUACGGGGACCGACAGGAGGAGAUCUUCAGACUGGAUGUGACCACCUCCGGAGCGUGCAAGACGCGACCGGGCUGGCGG